GCGGCAUUUGUUUGCAUGCUGCCCGGCGCAUAUCGUCAUCCUUUUCGUGUCCGGUCACGGUGGCUGUAGGAUCUCGUGCCGUGCAUAUGUUCCGCUUCGAAAUUAUUUCGAAAACCACCUAAGGACGGAUUACAAUUAGUACAAUUGUUAGUUUUCUUAGAGAACAACUGUCUACAAGUCGCCGCCAUCAUGCCGCUGUCGUGCCGAUUUUAUUCGCAAAAGUUCCCCGAGAUAGACGACGUGGUGAUGGUGACGGUGCGUCAAAUCGCCGAGAUGGGCGCCUACGUGCGCCUGCUCGAGUACAACGACAUCGAGGGCAUGAUCCUGCUGUCGGAGCUCUCGCGGCGACGCAUCCGAUCCAUCAACAAACUCAUCAGGGUCGGCAAGACAGAGCCCGUCGUCGUCAUGAGGGUCGACAAGGACAAGGGCUACAUCGACCUGUCCAAGCGGCGUGUCUCGCCCGAGGGCAUCGAGGAGUGCACAGAGAAGUACUCCAAGGCCAAGGCGGUGCAGUCGAUCCUGCGGCAUGUGGCAGAGCUGCUCGGCUACGAGACCAACGAACAGUUCGAGGAGCUCUACCGGAAGACCGCCUGGCACUUCGAGGAGAAGAGCAAGAAACAGGGCUCGGCGUACGAUGUCUUCAAACAGGCCGUCAAUGAGCCGUCGCUGCUGGACGAGUGCGGUCUGGACGAAAAGACCAAGGAAAUGCUGCUGCUCAACAUCCAGCGAAAGCUGACGCUGGCCUCCGUGAAAAUCCGCGCCGACAUCGAGGUCGCCUGCUACGGGUACGAGGGUAUUGACGCCGUCAAGGAGGCGCUGCGGGCCGGCCUAGCCUGCUCCACCAAAGAUAUGCAGAUCAAGAUUAACCUGAUUGCGCCUCCCCUCUAUGUUAUGACUACGAAUACGCCCGAGAAGCAGGACGGCCUGAAAACGCUGGAGGCCGCCUGCGACGCCAUCCGGGAAAGCAUCAAAGCGCAGGGCGGCAAGUUCGAGAUAAAAAUGGCGCCCAAGAUCGUCACGGACGUGGACGAGGCGGACCUGCAGAAGCAAAUGGACACGGCCGAGGCCGAGACGCGACAGGUGGCCGGCGACGACUCCGAGAGCGGCUCCGGCUCCGGCUCCGACUCCGACGGCGAGGGCGACGGCGACGAGGACAAGGCCGAGGAGUGACCCGCCCAGCGGCCGGCCCGGGGCGCGCAGGACGCACUGGCCCCGUGAACGUGUGAGCGAUGAGACCGCGGCAGUGCUGAGCAGGGCCGGCCUCCCUAUACCGAACUCUGAUCUGCCUCUGGAGUCCUUUCCGCUGCCGCUGUCAGCUCCCCGGGCUGUGGCCAGGCGCGACUCAGCUGCCGCCGCCCGGCCCCUCACUGCAGCUCCUGCGGCCCGGCGCCCCGGCGGACGGACGGACGGGCGGGCGGAGCGGCCGACUGGUGGUGGGACCGCACUGUCGGACCGGCCGGGCGCGCGCGGCCGUUCGCCAGACUCCUGACACGUUCCAGGGUCCGAAUGCUUUUAUAUUUUGGAGUUGCCAAGGAGCGCCGACCGGUUGUGAGGGCGUGGCGCGCUCUGACGUGACGUGACGUGAUGAAAUAGAUGUCCACCGUGACGCCGGGUUUGCGCAGAGUGGCGUGGCGUGAGGGUGAAGGGCGACGGUGAGGUGUCCUCCGAUGGCGGUCGGCCUUUGGGCUCGUGAUGGAUUGAAUAUUUUCCAUGAGCGAUGUCGUUCAAUAUUCUGCUCGUCUGUUUAGGGAAAUUGAAUUUCGAACCAAACUGUCCUCAUCUCGGUGAAGUUUUAUUUACGGUCACGUCAAGCAGUUUCAUAUUCCGUCACUUCCUUGGAUGUGAGCGAACACUGAUUGGGUGUCGCUUCAUGACAACCUUAGUGUUUUGGAAUGCACACAGUCAUAGCUGACACACAUGGUUUGGUUUCCGGGCCUCGAUUUGUUUUGAAAUUGUGGCCAUUGGCCAUUACCUCUCAGGUUGGCGCUGCACUCUGUUGUGGUUCAAAUCAAAAUGAUUGCCGUUUCUCUA